CGCUCUCUACCACCACUCCCGCCGCAACCGCGCCCCUCAAGCUCGCCGUUGCUCAUCGCUUUUCUAUCCAACACCGCACAAAUUACACCUCCUUGAACAGCAAUGGCUCGCACUAAGCAAACUGCCCGCAAGUCCACUGGUGGUAAGGCCCCCCGUAAGCAGCUCGCCACCAAGGCUGCGAGGAAGACGGCGACGGCGGCCGCCACCGGAGGUGUCAAGAAGCCCCAUCGCUUCCGGCCCGGAACGGUCGCUCUCCGUGAAAUUCGGCGCUACCAGAAGUCCACCGAGCUGCUCAUCCGCAAGCUCCCCUUCCAGCGUCUCGUUCGUGAGAUCGCCCAGGACUUCAAGACCGAUCUCCGUUUCCAGUCGUCGGCCGUCAUGGCCCUCCAAGAGGCAGCCGAGGCUUACCUCGUCUCGCUCUUCGAGGACACCAACUUGGCUGCCAUCCACGCUAAGCGUGUGACCAUCCAGCCCAAGGACCUCGCUCUCGCUCGCCGUCUCCGUGGCGAGAGGUCUUAAGCGCAUAGCUGAAAAGGUUCUAUCUCCGGCUCGGCCUCCCGCUAUAGUACAUUGUAUCGCGUCUCGUCUCGACCUAUUUGUUCGUCUUGUGUGGUCUUCUCAGGCCUUGUAUUGUAAUGCCUCGUACGCCGUCGGAGUAUAUUUAUCUACGGUAUGGUAGAUGAAUAUCAAUGCCCAUGCCUCAGAGUAAUUGCCGUAUGAGGUUCAUGGUCAACGUUAC